AUGCAUAAACGCAUCGAGUACCAAAACUUGAUUCAAGCCUUCCUGUUGAACUGUUUCCCAUUCAAUUGGCCCCCAACAUCUCAAUCCUGGAUUCCCUUGCUUGCGGAGUUACCUACCAAAAUUCAAGCCUUGGAAAUGUCAAGCGCGGCAGUCGCAGCCUCGGCGAUGGGACACAUGCUUAACGAUCAAGCUCUAGUCAAGCAAGGCUUGGACUACUAUAUCCAGGGCCUCCAACACCUCCAAAAAGCAUUAUACGAUCCCAGCCUCAUGCGAGAAGAUGGAACCCUGGCCGCGUGCAUGGCACUCAGUCUGUAUGAGGCCCUUGAAUGCCCCAAUCUGGGGUCCGAAGGCUAUUUUAAUCAUUGUCGUGGUAUCAUCGCUUUGAUUCAAUCCCGCGGUCAUGAGAUGCAUUCUUCAGGGGUGGGACAUCGGUUAUUCCUUGGUGUUCGACUCCCAGGGAUUCUGUUCUCCUUGAAUCACCAUACCUCGACUAUUUUCUUCGAGUCCACUUGGAUGGAACAACCUUGGGCUGGAAUACCGAAAACAUCUCAUGAUCAGGUAACAGACUGCCUCGCCCAAGCCCCUGUGAUUCUAGAACGUGUGCGAUCAUUGCCAUAUCUCCCUAAAUCACAGCAAGUCGAUUUACUCCAACGAUUGAUUUGCGAAUGCUGGCGAAUUGAUAACCAGUUGGAUGUUAUCUAUGAUGAAAUGCGAUCACAGGACCUAUACUGGCCGGUGCCGUCACAAACACCCCUGUUUUCGGAUUUGUUCCCUGUCGUUUUCUGUUUCCGAGACGCCCAGGUCGCUGCUACACUGGUGCUCCUGUGGGCAACGCGAACAAUGCUUUGGUCGGGUCUUUCCAAUAUGUACCAAUACUUGGAAAGUAUCACCCCUGAGAACUCGUGUCGCGUAGCUGAGUCCGAUCAAGGUUCGGUUUUGGAAUUUGAGGGUACUGAUCGCUGUGGAGGCUACCUAUCCGCGGCGCAUCGGGUCUGCCAAUCCGUGGAAUACUUUUUGAGAGAUGACAUGCUGCUAGCUGGGCCAUUAUCUGUUAGUCCCUCGCUUGGAAUUGUGCUUGAUAGCUUACGGAAUCGGUCUGGUCAUGGGCGUGAAAUUGCGUGGAUUCAAUCGGCUCUGGAGGUAGUUCGUCGAAAAGGACUCCGUGUUGUCCAAGAUGUGAAUUUAUAA